CGUCUCUGCUAGAGCUGAGCCCCAAGGCGGCCAGAGUGGGAUGGACCGCGGCCGCUGGCCCUGCGGCUGCCACCACCACCCGAGAUCCACACCUCGCUCCUGACCUUCCCCCCUCCUUCCCCCGCCGCCCCCGCCCGCAGCGCUUUUCUCCUCCUGCUCCUUUUUUCCCUCCCCUCCCCUUUCUCUUGCCCAGUUCCUCUGGCACAUUCGGAAAGGAAGCAGCUGAGCUCACUCUUCCUCCCGAGCGGGAGCCCCGGGGCGCUCUCUUAUCUCUCUCCAGCUCCAGACGACCCCUGGGAGCCGGGAACUCCUGGGUUCUGGGAUCCUUUGCCUGACUCUCCUCUCCCCCCAUCUUUUUCCAGCUCCUGCCCACCUCCCCGCCACUUUCCUUCCUUUCCUCCUCCCUCUUUAGCCUCGUUCCGCAGGGAGACUUGGACUCCUGGGUCCCCCUGCGGCAUCCCUUUCUCAUUGUCCCUCCUUAGGUUUUUAUCCUCAAUCCUGCUUUCUUUCCCCUCCCUCUCGUCUUCCUUUAUUCCUUCAGCUCUGCUCAACAUUUGGCCCAGCGUCUGCUGGGGGCCCGGGGCCGGGGGUGCCCUUGGGUACCGGCUGGAGCAGGCGGGGCCCCGCAGGAUGUACCCCCAAAGCAGGCCUCCGGCCGGACAGACCUUCAAGUUCUCUAUCUUAGAGAUCUGCGACCGCAUGAAGGAGGAAUUCCAAUUCCUGCAAGCUCAGUACCAUAGCCUCAAACUGGAGUGUGAAAAACUGGCCAGUGAGAAGACUGAAAUGCAGCGUCAUUACGUCAUGUAUUAUGAGAUGUCCUAUGGCCUCAACCUGGAGAUGCACAAGCAGGCGGAGAUUGUGAAGAGACUCAGCACCAUCUGCGCCAAGAUCAUCCCCUUUGUGAAGCAGGAGCAUCAGCAGCAAGUCCUUCAGGCUGUGGAGAGAGCCAAGCAAGUGACCACAGCGGAGCUGAACAGCAUCCUCGGGCAGCAGCAGUUACAGCACCUGUCACACCACAUUCCACCCGUACCCUUGACCCCCCACCCUGCAGCGGGGUUGCUAGCCCUGUCUGGAGCCCUGGCCACCCAGGCCCAGCUGGCAGCCACCAUCACUGCCACCGACACAGCUGCCAAGGAGGACCAGAGGAGCCCAAGCACCGAGGAGCCUCCAGCAGGCAGAGGCCACAGCAGCCGGAGUCCUUCCCCUUCACCCCCAGAGAGCCUAGUGGAAGAAGAAUGGCUCAUUGGUCAGACACACAAACAGGAAGAGAAGGAUCUUCUGGGAAACUAUGAUAGUGAUGGAGACAAGAGUGAUUAUAAUCUAGUGGUGGAUGAGGAUCCUGUCUCAGAACCCCCAAGCCUGGCACCCACACCCAGCCCGAAGCUGCUCAGCCACCCAGAUGUGCCCGACAGUCCGGCUUCUCUGUCCUCCAGCCAGACCGCAGCGACCCCCAAAGGCAAGGACCCCAGCCUGAAGCUGCUUUCUGUCAGCAAGCCCAGAAGCCCAUCCUCCUCCCCAGAUGCCUCCACCCCUGGCCCCAGCUCUGCCAGCAGCCUGCGGCAUCCUGCCACCAAAUCCCUGUCUGCCCCAGAGAGCACUGCCUUGAGGAGCGCCCUGACCCUGUCCGGCCCCUUCGCUGCGUCCCUUGGCGUGGGAGCCCACGCUCUGCUCAGUGGGGACCUCGCUGUGCCGAGCCCCUACGUGAGCUUGCACCUGUCCCCACAGGUCGGCGGCCCCACGACGUACGGCCGCUCCCCCAUGCAGAUGGAAAUUGAGUCUCACUCCCACAUCCGGCUCUCUGCGCUCUCUUCCACCUUGCCCGGCGUCCCUGGGGGAAAGCCGGCGUACUCCUUCCACGUGUCUGCUGACGGGCAGAUGCAGCCGGUGCCCUUCCCUUCCGACGCCCUCCUGGGCACGGGCAUCCCCAGGCACGCCCGGCAGCUGCACACCCUCACCCACGGCGAGGUCGUCUGCGCCGUCACCAUCAGCAACUCCACCCAGCACGUCUACACGGGGGGCAAGGGCUGCGUGAAGGUCUGGGACGUGGCGCAGCCGGGCACCAAGACCCCCGUGGCCCAGCUGGACUGCCUGAACCGGGACAACUACAUCCGCUCCUGCAAACUGCUGCCGGACGGACGGAGCCUGAUCGUGGGCGGGGAGGCCAGCACCCUGUCCAUCUGGGACCUGGCCGCCCCCACCCCCCGCAUCAAGGCCGAGCUCACCUCCUCGGCGCCCGCCUGCUACGCCCUGGCCAUCAGCCCCGACGCCAAGGUCUGCUUCUCCUGCUGCAGCGACGGCAACAUCGUGGUGUGGGACCUGCAGAACCAGGCCAUGGUCAGGCAGUUCCAGGGCCACACGGACGGAGCCAGCUGCAUCGACAUCUCCGACUACGGGACGCGGCUGUGGACGGGCGGGCUGGACAACACCGUGCGCUGCUGGGACCUGCGGGAGGGCCGCCAGCUCCAACAGCACGACUUCGGCUCCCAGAUCUUCUCCCUCGGCCACUGCCCCAGCCAGGAGUGGCUGGCCGUGGGCCUGGAGAGCAGUCACGUGGAGAUCCUGCACGUGCGCAAGCCGGAGAAGUACCAGCUACACCUGCACGAGAGCUGCGUCCUCUCCCUCAAGUUCUCCUCGUGCGGGAAGUGGUUUGUGAGCACGGGGAAGGACAACCUGCUCAAUGCCUGGCGGACGCCCUAUGGGGCCAGCAUCUUCCAGUCCAAAGAGUCCUCCUCAGUCCUCAGCUGCGACAUUUCCGGCAACAACAAGUACAUUGUGACGGGCUCGGGGGACAAGAAGGCCACAGUGUACGAGGUGGUGUACUGAGGAUCUCCCACCCACCUGACCCCCCCCAGUCCUCCCAGUCCCCCCACCUUCUUCUGAGUAAAUAAACGUUUCUGUCACA